AUGCGAGAGUAUUUUAUUGAUGUUAUCCACGCAAACGAUGUACAGGUGAGGAAUCCAGUUCAUUCUGGUAACUCAGGGUUUCCUGCAGACGUCCAGCAGCUGUCGGUGAUUAAAGAAGAGGUUCCCCCUGAGCAGCAGGAGUGGAGACCCAGUCUGGACCAGGAGGACCACAAGGUUCAGACUCAGCACCCACACUUUAAAAAGGAACAGGAGGAUGUCUGGACCAGUCAGGAGGGAGAGCGGCGUCAAGGUCUAGAGGAGGCUGACAUCAUCAAGUUCACAUUCACUCCUGUCCCUACAAAAAGUGACAAUGAAGAUGAAGAGAAACCUCAGUCCUCACAGCUUCAUCAAAGACAAACUGAACAGAUGGAAACAGAAGCUGAUAGAGAGGACUGUGGAGGACCUCAACCAGCUCCACAUAGAAAUGUACAACCUGGUACUGGUGACAGGACUGAAUAUUGUCCUGAACCUGAAUCUAAAGUCAUCACUGACGAUAAAACCACCACCAGCGAAGCUCAUUUAGGUUUGAACUUUAUAAGAGAUAAGGGAUAUAAUUCUUGUGAAAAACCAUUUUGCUGCUCUGAGUGUGGUAAACAGUUUAGCCAUAACUCAAAUCUGAAGACACACAUGAGAACCCACACAGGGGAGAAACCGUUCAGUUGCUCAGUUUGUGCUAAAAGCUUUGGCCAGAAGGCAUCGCUGCAGAAGCAUUUCACAUGCCAUACAGGAGAAAAACCAUACAGCUGUCCAUUUUGUAAUAAAUGUUUUGCACGUUCUGAACAUUUACAGUCACACACGAGAAUGCACACUGGAGAGAAACCGUUCAGCUGCAGCGUGUGUGACAGAAAAUUCACUUGGCGUCAUCAGGUCAAAACACACAAGUGUGUUGGUGAGUCCUCACAGCUUCAUGGACUCUGGACCAGUCAGGAGGGAGAGCAGCUUCAAGGGCCCAACAGGGACGGACGCUGCCAGUGA